GACAGCAAGCUGAACCAUAACAGAUAGCAGACGUAAGAUAGUGUUCUGAUAGUUUUGGUCAUAGACCGAGGAACAGAGUCUAGGGCUUCACGUAGAAAUCAUACUGGGUAUAAGGAAUACAUACAGGAGACGAUUAAGGGACUGAGGGAUGGGAACUGGGUUCCGCCCGUCCCGAAGAUGAAUAGCUCCGAAGUGAUAUGACCAAAGGCAAUUAGAUAGCUAAUGAGAGUUAUGUCGUAGAUACUGUCGGGAACAAAGGUGUGAGUCCUUCAGCGCUUUAUCCAGGGAAAGCAUGAGUCAAAAGCGCUUACGACUUGUCAUGUAUAUGGUACGCAGCGUAGAAACGCACAACGGCAGACAGCAAGGUCCAUACCGCAAAUGUCCGUGCUUGGAGUGGCGUCACUGUCCAUAACAGCCUUCAGCAAUCCAUUUCGAACAACACGCGCCCCCAGAUCUCAACACACCCUCUGCUGGUUUCUUGCAGUACACUCUUCGGGUAAACUUCAACGUGGCGAAGUUCUGCACCGUGUUAAAAGCGGCUACGACAGCAAUGAACAGCUGCCAUUUGGGAAGCCACCCUUCGCUUUGUGGUAACACUGUGCAUCCGAUUUAAUUACGCGUGCAUAUGGUCAAUGACAGGCUUACGAUUGAGCGGAGUAGAGGCCAUGGUGGUAAGGAAGAAGAGGACCCUGCAGUUGUGAGCGCCGCCAGCGGCUUCGAACCACUGAGAGUUGCCAAAUGCGGGAGACGUCGGGUGUCCGGCCGGUGGCGGUCCGGGAGUUCCCUGUGCGGUCUAGCAGGAUUGAGUGGGUGAUUCGAAGGUGGGACUUGUUCUGCUACCGUCCACGGUGAGCUCAAAGUGUUCCCCCAGCAAAGUCUCUCCUUUUUGUCUGUCUUUACCGCAAAGAACGUUCUGUAUCUACCCGGCCGACCUUGGAGCUCGGUGUGGGCGCAUCAAACACAACGGCGCUAGACCGCUUCAGGCGGCGGUCGCGAAGAAUUGCCACUGGCCCCGAUGGCCCUGUCCACCUCCUCAACGGUGUCCGCAAGUAUUCGUUCUGUUCCAACUGCCUCUCGUUCAAAUUCCUUGGUCAGUAACGCAAGCACGAACAGCGGGACUUCCUUGAAACGUCGAGCGAGGACUAGGACAAGAGCACUGUCAAACGCUCGGCGUGGAAAGAGUACGGGUCCAGGGGAGGUUAGUUCGGCUCAAGAUGGCGAGGAGAGCGGCAAGUCAUCGUCAAGACUUGCUGAAGCACCUCCACUACCUCCUCUGAAUAUCUCCGAGGCAGCGCAGAUGCUCGUAGUUCCUCAAGUCGAAUCGCCAAGCGUCAUGGAACCUGUAAUACACAAGGAGGGAACAUUGAGUUCUAGCAAGCAGGCCGAACUACCGAUCCGAAGUAGGGUUGGUGGUCGUCAGCGGGCGUUGAGUUCCGUUCAUAUUCGCAACAAGUUCGAGGACACUGGGAGAGAGAGACAAGCCAAGUCAGAGAAUGGUUCUGUGCGAGGAGCGAAGACGCGUGCGCGAGGCCUCAGUGUACCGCGACAUGUCACUUUCCGUUCAGCGACAGGGUCGUCCGACUCCUCGUCGCUUCCGAGUCCAUUGACUCCGAAUUGUCCUCCUUCAGACUCUGGUGUUCACAUAUCGCAGGCUGAUCGCGACAAUAUAAGAGACUCGCUUAUCUCGAACAGCACGGCUACGUCUUCAUCUGUGUAUCCUCGGUCAACUUCAACCGAGUCGGCAGCCGAAUCGUCGUUGUUUCCGCCUUCUCUUAAGGACAGGGAUGAGGACCUUUCAUCUUUUUCUCCUCGCAUUGUCACACAGGACGAUAGAGACAUGGAGUUCAACAUUGACGAUGUGCAAUACCGCCUCAAAUUGCUGGUCAAGAAUAGCUAUUUCCUGCCACCUGCUCAUUCGAAACCAUCUCCAAUUUCCCUCGCCCCUCCACCGCCGUCCUCCAAGCCAAGUUCUCAAGGCUUCCUCGGACUUUUCGGACUUGGAAAAUCGAAAUCGAAACCCACCACGCCUGUCACAUGCAGUCCGCCUUCAGAACCUGGUCCCAUUCUCCGAACUACCUCUGACAGCACGACAGCUGGUGGUCGUGUUCCUCGUCAACACGCGCAUACAGCCCCCCAAACUCCUUUAGCAACACCCUUUGCACAUGCACGCAUAAACCCUACUAGCAGUGCUAGCAGAGUGGUUGUAUUGCGUGAGAAAAUGGACGACCUCGAGACAGCUGCGAAGCAAGCGGAGAAGGAUAUGAAAACAAAGGUGGAAGGUCGUAAGGCGAGAAGUCAGACGGCACCCAAGACCGAUUACUUCGACGACGUGAUCGACCCUACUGACGCUGUGGACUUGCCGCCGCCGUCACAGGCUUAUCCGUUUGCCGUACAAGCUUCCAUGAUGCAUGGUCUGGGGAUUCAGGAGUCUUUAGGCGCAGCCGUACUUGCGGAGCGACUGCCUCCCAGUUCGGAAAUGUGGUCAAUAAGUUCUGAAGAUGAUAUGUGGCGAAAGGCACUUCUACAUGAAGCUGUUAGCCAUUCAUUGCACAACACACCAGACAACUCGUUCAUGACUGCGUCUCCCCCAUUGCCACCCGAACCUAUGCCUUCCUUUCGGGACGAAGAUCUUGAGAAGUCUCUUGAGGAUCGUCCCGUGUCUUCGACUCCCAGACGUCAGAUAGGCAAGUGCAUUGUGGAUCCUGACCAGCUUAGUAAGGAGGAUGAGUCUUUGCAAUUUUCUCCUGGUUCUUCGCUGUAUGCUAUUCCUCUUUCUGCUCCUACGAUGGGAGGGUUGUCGCCUACGCUCCAUUCGCCAUGGAUCGCCACGGUGGAUGCGCCAUAUAGAGCCGAGACACCUGGUAUUACCCAUGCUCUCGCACCACCACCUCGUCGGUUCAGUUCGACCUCGCAGCCUGAGCUUCCGCGAACAAUAUUCAAAGACUCCGACACAAGUAAUGCUACAUCGGAUUCCUUGUAUUUGCGCAAGGUUGCUUCGGAUCCUCGACUGUCCGCUGUACACGAACAGGGAGUGGACAACCGCCCCCUCUUGGUCAUGACUCCCCCUCCAGUUCUUCCAACAUCCUCAGCGUCAACUUCCGCAUUGCACACCAGUAACAGCGAUGCGAUGCCUUCGUUCUCUUCACGCCGGCCUUCGCGUAGUGUUGUCUCGCGUUAUUCGGACGAUGAGUUAUCAUAUGCUACACCUGCUGGUGACAUGGAUGACCCUCCCAGACCGUCGAUGACCAUCUCGCUUCAUACCGACGACAAUCAACUUUCGCUAACGGACUACUCUCAACCGUCGCCUACGGUCUCUGCAUUCCAGGACGCUGUCUUCGGAAGCUGUCGUACACCCUCUCCGCUAUUCAGACGAAGUCACACUAGUUUAUCGGAUGCAGCUCCCGAAGCAACACCCCGACAUGCAGCUAUGUCGCCGCCUCCACGAGUAUCCUCUUCACUGGGACCUCCUCCUCUGCCACCUCCACCACGCUCGCCAGCAAAUAAACCCGUCUACCUUACCCGUAAUCCAAACCCAUUAAUAGAUUCACAAUCCUCAGGUUUACCUUCUUCUGAACAGCGGAAUUCCUCAUCUACCAUUCCUCUCGCCGAGCGACGAGGACAUCCAACUUCUAUACUGUCUUUACGUAUCCCUACGGACGCUUUUUCACCUGCCAUACACUCGGCGCCGGCGCCGGCGUCGCCUACUGAUUUCUUUGACAGGAUUCAGUCCCAUCCGAAUGCCAUGGAUGAUUUAGAGACGUCUGAUGAAAGCUCUGAGUCUGAAGACGAAGAAGACUCUGGUGUCGAUGAUAAAUACGGCGAGCCCAUUCAGCAGCAGCCUAGCGUCUUAAUAGAAGCUCGUUCUCGUGCCAUUUCAAUAACGUCGACGCCGCCUGUACGAACUCCGAUUAUGCGUCUAGGAAACCAUUCUACGCCGCAGUUGACACCUUCUCCAGGCCUUGAGAGAGCUUUCGACCUGGCGUUCGAUCCCUACAAACCUAUCUCUAACAUUGCCCCUACUGAUAGAAGCACCUUCUUUGCCUCAAAGAAGAAAGGCAUGCAACCUGCUCAUUUCCACCUUCCGAUAGGCGGUGAGCCAUUGUACAGACGACCGUCCUCAAAGGCCGGCAAUGCAGUGGCUGGACCUAGUAAACCCAGAAGACCUGCUACUGCUGAUGCCGCCUCUGGAGAAAAAGCUCGAAGGUGGCAGCGGGAGUCCCUGCAAAGGUUCGAUGGGAUGUUGCUUCAGCAUAUGGCGGCGGAACGGGAUACACUGAAGAGAAUUACGACUAAUCUUUCACAAAAUUCCUAUUCUCCGAGUCGCAAUUAACGUCGUUGGGCUGUUUGCACUUUCUUGCGUUGUACAUAUCUGGGUUGAUGUCCUGGUUCCUGCGUUCUUAUCGUCGUUGCAUUGCUUACUUGCUUUCUGAUUAUGAUUAUUACUUAUUCUGCUUGCUCCUGGAAAAUACGGCUUACAUUGAUACACUUGCAUUACAAUAUUAUACCUUCUUGCAUUCUUCCCGUCGUACAUACAUACCCUCGUUUCACCACUGACUCCGUUGCGCUUCACUUCAGCUGUAUUGUGCAUAUUUCAUCUUCAAUGCAUGUUAUGUUACUGCCAUUCUGAUUUGUUCACCGGAAUGUACAAGUGUUUUCCCGAAACGU